UUGCAGGAGAAUUAUGGGUAAUGCAUAUCGUGGUAUCACAGUGGAACCUGUUUUGGUGUUAUAUAUCACUGCACUGUUACUGCAGUUACCUGUCUAUCAACAUUAUGUUUAUCAUCGAGCACAGCUUGACUUGCUGGGAAAUAACCAAUCUGAUCUUUCAUAUCAAAGUCAUUGCAAUGCAAAUUCCAGUAAAUUAGAUGAGUAAGUAUAUUCACUGCACGAAAGCCCCACCCUAGCUAGACACAUGAGUAUACUUUGUAUGUUUUCUACCAUUAAGACUAAGUUACUUUACACUACAUACACUGGUGAGCAUUCCGUGAUGGCGCGAAAAAGCGCGUAUCCGCUACGGAAUGCAUAACGUUCAGAAGCCGAGCAGAACGAUAUGUCUCCUUUCCAAUAAUUCCUUAUAUAUAUAGAAAGUACUUAUAUAUAUAGAAAUUUGAACUUGAAUUGACAUUCAAUAAGACUUUAGGAACACAUAAUUUUUACUCAAUUAAUUUUAGCUUUUCAUGUACAUACACUUGUUUUAUCAAUUAUGUAAUGCGCAGGUGAGCAUCUCCCUAUGGAACCUCGCGCAAUAUAAAUUUAAGUAAUAAUAAAUAAUAAUAAUAAUUUUUACGUACCUACGGCUACAGAAAGCUAUCUUGCACAGAGCAGACGUAGUCUAGUUAAAGCCUGGAUAUCAAACGAAUAUGAGAGUGCAUGAGAGUUGCAGUCGCGUGACCUUGGUUCAGGGCCGUAGCGACCAGGGGGCUGGGGCGUCAGCCCCCCCCCCCCCAAUUAUUUAUAAACUAGCGAUAAUCUGUAAAGUUUGAGAGAGAAAUAAAGACCUAAUAAUCGCCUCUGACUAAUCAGCUCCCCCCCCCCUCCAUACAAAAUUGCCUCUUUCGGACCGUUCCGAUAGUGUGGUUAGCUGUUGCUAAUGCUUUCCCUUGAAAUGUCCCCUGUAAUAAGUCAUCACUGCCAUAUCUCUCAUCAGCUCCCAUGCGGUGCCAAAGUUUAGUUCGCACUUGAGUGAGCGAUAAAGGUUUUCUUAAUGAACAAUACUUUGAAGCCAUCAUAUUUUCUUAGUUAAACUUGAAAAUAAAGUAGAUAUUUUGUUGUUCACCCCUCCAAAGGAAGACAGCUCGCGACGGCCCUGGGCACUGAAGCCAUUUGUCCUGCUGUAAUUGGCAUAAAGUAUGAUUGGCGAUGCACGAACGUUUAUAAAAAAGUUAUGUUACAAAAUGAAGAACCGGAACUGUCCGUCUUAAAAGUGACCUAAUGCUAAUGAAUAAUGAUUAAUGGGUCUGCAUGUUCCUGUCCCAAAGCUUUGAUUGAUCGAUCGUCUGUUUCGUUCAUAUUUUCUGCGAAACAUCAUUUUUAAAGUUGACAUAUACCUUUUCUGUCAUUUAGUGAAAUCCAACGACGAGCGUCUAAUUAUAUCCUAAUAAUUGGUAUGGCAGGAACCUUCCCUGCCAUAUUUUCCUCGUUAAUUUAUGGUCCAGUGUCAGACAGGAAAGGAAGAAUACCUAUCAUGAGGCUACCGCCUAUUGGCGGUUUGAUUGACGUCUCUAUAACUCUUGCUACUAUAUAUUUGGAGUUGCCUCUGUAUAUUAUGGCUAUUGGUAAGAUAAGUAUAUUUUGUAUGUUUGUUGAUAUAAUAGCAGGGUUUUGAGGGCAAUCUGAAAACAAAAGGUACAAGACUGAAACAUUAUUUUCCAGAUGGACUCAAAUAAUCUGCUGGAAAAUUGUUUUCUGAGCAUCCCAACCGGUAAUCGAACUCAAGGUUUCUGUUUUUUUACGCACCAGCGCUUUAAUCACAGCGCUAUUAAGACACUCAGAAUUAUUGUUGCUGGGGGUUUGCUACACCGGAAAAUUAUGAAUUGUGUAAGUCCUCAUUAGUGGCCAUUUUCAGCAUUUUCAUGGCGAAAUACGUGCAACGGAGCAACAAAAAAUUCAAGUUUUGGAAGGAAAAUUCCAACCAUAUGAAAUUCUAUGAAUAAACCUAUUUUAAUUUCUGUCCUUCUCUCUUUUCGUUCGAUACCCGUUUCCUAAUUUUCUCCUUCAGGGUCUUUUUCUUCCCUCUAGCCUGACGAUUUUCUACCCCUCCCCAGAGGGGGGAGCAAGUGGUAACUAUAUAUAUAUACACCUCUGUCUGUCUUUGCGCUUGUUUUUGUCAAGGUCUAGCAUUUUAUAAAUUUGCUGAUUGUGUUUUAUUGUCCACUAGAAUUCAAGUAAUAUUGUUGAAUAAAGAAAAUUGUCAAUUAAAUUCAUACACGAUCCUGCCUUUUUUCCAAAUUGCACAACCACGCUAUCAAGUGAUAGCCUUAGUAGGUGUAAACUUGGGGGAAAACUGACCAUUUGAAUAACUCACCAUUUGAACAACUCUUGAGUUUCGCAACCUUUGUUUUGGUAUGCAUAAGCCAUUGCGCACAGAAAAAGGUUUUAUUUUUUAAAUACAGUCUGUAUACAGAUUAUUUCAUGGGUGGUUGAGUGCGUACGAAUUAAAAAUCAUUACCAGAAAUUAGCGACAAAAUGGCCACCGCCUGUAUGCUAAUUGCAUAUGAACCAUACAUAAUGACCUUCAACUUUUAAGAAAAUGCAUACUUAGGGUAAAAUUAUACUGAAUUAGUGCCCUUUUUUGACAAUUAGUGCCCUUUUUUGACAAGUAGUGACCUUUUUUGACAUCUGUAAAUCUACCUUGGAAUCUGACUUCUGAUGCUCUCUCCGAGUAUCUCUCUGAGUGACAAUUCGUGUUCAGGAUGAUCGACUUUGUUGGGUUAAAUUGUCGUGCAAUAUCGUUUUGAACGAAAGACUAGAUCUUGGACAAUAUUGCUUGGUGUUUUACACGCCAAUUCAAUAACUACCCUGCAACUCAAAAUAUGUACAGGAUAUUUAAUAGAGGCCCAAGCAUGGACAAAUGUACUAGCAUGCAAUCAAUUGUUAUUUUUUGGGCGCCCGUAGAGAUAUUUGAUUUCAAUAUAAAGAUACCAUCAAAACAUUCGAAAAUGACUGCUUUUAAAAAUUAUUGAUCGCGAGGUCGGCAAACAGCAUUAACUCCCGAAUUGCCAUAAUUUCAACUUAGAUGUUUCUGCGCUGUGUAUUAUCUGUUAUUAUUAUAUGGCAAGCAUCACUUCCGGUGAAAUGGCGUAUUGUGAUUGGCUGAGAAGCACUUUUAGCGGUCCAUAUUUUCCCGUAAUGGACUGGCGGUCCAUUACGUAUUAACAAACGCAUGAAUUUUAAAACAAAACAGCAAAACUAAUAGAAAAUUUGAAAAUUAUAAUUUAGUUUGUUAUUAAUAAGAUAUCUGCGAAUGGUGUUAAGUGGAAAAAAGACCUCGGUCCGAUAUUACUCUGUAAAGACCUCGCGCUCGGUUAAUAAGAAGUUAAAAAUGGAAGGUCAUUGUAUAGAGGUCAUAUGCGAACUGGCAUACAAGCGGCGGCCAUUUCCCAUUUUGUUGCUAAUUUCUGGUAAUGAUCGUACAAUCCGCAAUCCUGAGGCUUCGGUGGCGCAGGUUCGAUUCUCGCUGAUGGUAGGUUCGAUUCUCGCUAUGGACUCAUGUGAAAAGAAUCUGUCAACUCUCUGCCGAAAGUCGUGGGGUUUUUCCGGGUGCUUCGGUUUCCUCCUCCCAGGGUUGACAGGAUUAGGUUAAACACAAUUAAUAAUAUCACAAAAUAAAAUAGUUUAGGCUAAGGCCAUAUAAAAUAAAUUCCUUGAUUCUCAUCGCUAAAUUUUAAAAACUCCCUGCAGGAGGCGAGAGGUUUAUAAUUUAUAUUUUAUGUCAGAAUAUAAAAAAGUUUAAAAUUUAAAAAAUUGGAGAGGGAGGUCUUUUUAUAUUUGCCCUUAAAUAUAUUAUAGAAGAACGCUAUAUAAGUGGAUAAUUGCACAUGCGCUAAUGAACAUGCAUAAGGGUCCACACAAAUCGUUGUAAUAAGGCUAUAAGCCCAUUUUUUCCUUCAGUAUUCCAAGCAUCCCUUAACAUGUUGCUAUAUUAAUGAUAAAACAAUUUUAUAUCGCAAAAAUUCCAAUAUAAAAUAUAAAAAUAACUAAAUCUCUGAAGAUGCUCGGUCGGGCGGUAAAUUUAUAUUUUAUAACAAAAUACAAAAAUAUAUCAACGCGGAAACCAAAAUAUCGUCGGGCGGUGAUGAGAAUCAAGGAAUUUAUUUUAUAUGGCCUAAGUAUAAAAUUUAGGUACGCGCACUUUGAUUAAAAUCCACAUGGAAAUUUGCGCUAUAGAAAUGGCAAUCUUAACGAACCGCUCAUUAAUUUUUUUAUGAUAAUAUAAUCGCUUUAUUAGGCGAACAAUGCAAUAAAAACUCAUCUCCGUGAUUUCGCUAAAACCGGGCGCCGUGUUUACAAUUUUAUAAUGCAAGUGUCAAAGCAAGACUGUGGGUCAUGUGACACUAACUUAGGUUAUAACUUUUGUUUCUGUACUUUGAAGAGUUACAAUGAUCCACGGCUGUGCGCUAGUCGGUUGAAUAAAAGAUUUUUGCCACCCAAAGUGGCGGAUUAUUUUUUAUGCUACGUCAUACUACAAGACCUGAAUAUUAUUUCUUCCUUUUUAUCAGGUUCAGCAAUCAGCGGUCUUUCUGGACAAUACACAACAUUGAUAUUCACAGUAACUGCGUACGUCACAGACACUACAUCUGAUCCUGCCAAGCUAUCACUUCGCUUUGCUCGUUUGGAAGCCAUGGCAUUGCUUGGUGGUACUAUUGCACAGGCUACCAGUGGUCUUUGGGUCGAACACUUGGGUUACAAAGCACCUUAUUGGUUUCUCUUCGCAUGCCUGUUAUGCACAUUUUUAUAUGUCACGUUCAGCCUACCAGAAUCCCAUCAAAACUUACUAAACGACCACAAAGCUUGCUACAGUUGCAAGGAUGUGAAAUUGUUAGCUGGAGUGAUCGUAAAACAGCGAUACGAUCGCGGUCGAGUAAAAAUAUUGCUUUUGUUAUUAAUCUCAGCCUUAACGUUGCUACCUGUGGGUGUCAUCAAUCAACUUGUUAUUCUGUACGCGAAAGACUACCCGCUUUGCUGGCGAGCUGAAUUGAUUGGUUAUUUUUUGGGGUGCAUAUUUUUCGGAAGAGCAGUUGGCGCUGUGGUGUGUAUGAAGAUCUUAAAGCGGUUUCAUUGGCAAGAUUAUUCAGUUGUGCAACUGGGAUGUGUCUUUAUAAUGGCUCUCUUGGUUAUGAUUGGCUUAUCAACUACGACACUGGAUAUGUUUCUAGGUGGGUUUUAAUUUAAUAUUAUUAAGAUAUUAUACAUGUGCAUAAUGCCUGCUGGAAAAUUAAGCAAAGGUGCAUACAACAACUAACAUUAAUCGGUAUUAAAUCAUCGCUGCUUUUAAUUAACAUCAAAUUUUCGUCAUCAAACCCAACUGGACGUAUUCAGCUUGAACAAUUUAAAGCUAUUUCUACAGUUACUGGUGGACAGUUAAAAGAAAAGUCAUGGACAUGAUCUCACAGUCAUGGACAUGAUCUUUAGUCAUCAGUUAUUUUUAUUGUAGUUAAUUUUAAUGGAGAAAAUGCAUGAUGUCAUGAAGGUCCAUAUGAAUAUAACUGGAACGCUUCCUUCAGACAAACUGAUAAAUCAGACCCUCGUGAGACCAGUUCAGGGAGCGAGCGUGUCAUUUUAAUAAGAAAAAAGCUAAAAGUGAAGUCUACUAGGCAUUUAUUAUUAGCAUGACAAAAUUACUGCAUGCUGAUUGGUUGAGAGGAGUACAAUUAUUUCAUUAAUUGUACUGCAGUACAAUUAAUGAUUUUCUCAAAACAAACAAAAUGGCGGUAUUUUGAACACAAAUGUGAAAUGAAAUUGCCCUUGAGGAACUAGAUGAAAAUACGAACAAAAGCACCAAAUUUUGCUUUAACAAAAGAACUAAAUGAAAAUACGAACAAAAGCACCAAAUUUUGAUUGAAAGUCUGGUAGGACUGGGCUUUGGCGAGAGAAUAUGAUUAAUAAGACAUUGAUAAGUAUCCAAUUUUGUCAUGCUAAUAAUAAACAAGUAAUCAUGCGAUGUUGCUCGUACAAUUAGGGAUUAAUAUAGUACUCGUGAUGUUUGGAAAUUUGCCAAAUUGUACUCGCCCCGGUGGCUCGUCCACUUUUGGCAAGAUUUCCAAGCAUCACUCGUAUUAUUAAUCCCUAAUUGUACUCGCCAUCGCAUGAUUAUACCUAUACUAAAAGAAAAUUUUAAGCGCUGUUAAAAAGCUUUUUGUAAAUUUUAAGCCGGUUGUAAAAAACGCAUAUUCAUGCAUGUUGGCGGAUUGAGUUUACUCUUGGCAUGCGUGAAAAGACUGGGGCUGGCCUUCAAGUUUGGCUUUAAAUUUCCUGUUGGAGGUAGCGUUCCAGUUAUUUCACUGUAAGGGACUGAGCCGAGUCAAUUUAUGGUCCAUUAUAUACGUUUUUGUUUUGCGUGCUUUUUCAUGCAGAUAUGUUGUGGGCACAUUUUCAAACAAUUUUUGUUGUCUCAGGCACACAACAAAUUUACGGACUCCUGACGACCCCCGACCUCAGUACUAGUUUAUGCGGAAUGAACUUAGCCAUUUAUGCUCACCAUUUCUUCGUCAUUGUAAUUGUAUUCUUCUUAUAAAGAUGCAGUUCCAAUGAAACAAAUGUGAGUAAAAAUAUUAACAAUGCAUCGUUUCCAAGGGUGAACGUGAAAUGUUAAUUCAUGUCUGCAUGUAGUUUCUUUAUUUCCCUAGUUUAAUUAACAAAAGUGUCAGUUACAGUGUCGAUCUCGAUAAUAUUUAGACGAACAUAGAUUUUCCUAUUCAUAAUAUCAGUUACAGUUACAAUUUAUUUUAUUUAGCCACAAUACCUUGUCUAAUGGCGGGUCUAGCUCAACCAUGUAUUCGAGCUUUGGCAUCACACAUUGUUGACCACAGCGAGCAAGGUAAUUAAUUAGUAUUGAUUGGCUAAUAAUAUUCCAUCCAUUAGGCCAGCGAGGAAAAGCAGAAACAUAUUAGAUUCCGGGUACCAUAUAUUUUGAAAUAUUAUAAACUGUCUUACUCAAAUAUUAUAAACUCGUUGUACAGUCUUUCAUAGUUUUGAACGAGAUAUUUCACUUCUCUUUUGAAGUAUGAACAUGUUUUUAACAUUAGGUUGGCAUAGAAAGUCGGGAACAAAUUGCGAAUCUAUCCUUUUCAAACGCUUAUCUUGCAUGUACAUGUACCGCCUUAAGCACUCAAUAACCACGUGUAGGUUUAAUUAUUAAAUAUUAGACCUUAUGCAUAAUGACGUCACAAGGCUUGAUGCCCGCGAGGAAUGCUGGUAUUAGUAGUCAUCGCCGGGGAAAAUUUCGAUAGUGGCCAUUUUGAAUUGUUUAAUUUUCCCAGGCGAUGACUACCAAGACCAGCAUUCCUAGCGGGCAUCAAGCCUUGUGACGUCAUUGUGCGUAAGGUCUAUUGGUCAUUUGAGACGUGCGACAUUGACUACCAGUGUCCCAGAAAAACUGAACACUGUUUGAUUUCAUGUAACGUAAACGCUAUAAAAGCUAUCGCAACGAAAUAAAGAUCAUUGCGUUCAGAAAGGACUAACUUAGAUUUUGAUAUAUAGCACUUGAAUGUGCAUGCAAUAUUGAUUGCGCUAUUGAUGUUUGAACGUCAAUUGAACUACUCGUUUUGAAAAUGCCAAAAAUGAGCAUAAAACAACCUUAUAAUUACCGAUGUAGUUUUAUAAAAUAACAUGUACAUAACGCGUAUUCUGAUUGGUCGAAACCCGUGUUUGGAUCAGGCCAUCCAAACACGGAAGACUAUCGUGUUGUUGUUAUUUUAUAAAACAAUUACUUUAUGGUUUCCGUGUUUGGAUGGAAUGAUCCAAACACUUGGGAAUGUUGCUCGAGUUAAGAAAAGCGGGCAAAAUCACUCGCCUUCGGCUCGUGAUUUCGCUCGCUUUUCUUAACCCUCGCAACAUUCCCGCGUGUUUGGAUCAGGCCAUCCAAACACGGAAACCAUAAAGUAAUUGUAUAAUACUUGUUAAAUAAUAAAUAUUUUUAUUUUGGUUGUAUCUCGCUCAAUAUUGCAUGUUAAUUCAGGUGUUAUAUAUCAAAAUCUAAGUUACCUCUUUCUGAAUGCAAUUAUCUUUAUUUUAUUGCGAUAGCUUUUAUAGCUUUUACGUUACAUGAAAUCAAACAGUGUCCAGUUUUGUUUUGGUGACACCCGGUAUAUAUACAGGGUGUAUAAAAAAAAGCGCAAUCCUCGACUGAAAUGUAAACUGCUAAACAAAUAAUAGACGAAAACGUUAAAGUUUACAUUCAUUUUAAAGCGUAGCCAUUCAGCUUUCUAACAGUGGGUUGUUUCUUAAAUUUGACUCAUUGGUUCGCGCGUAAUAAUACUUUACGUUAUUGCGAUUGGAGAUUAAAAAAAUUGAGAUAUGGAAUAACAAAUCGUUCUCAUGAAAAUAACUGAUUUUUUCAUUAAAACAAAAAAUGUUGCAUUUCAUUAAAUGGAUUGUAACAAUAAGUAUAAUUACGGCUUUUCUUCCACUAUUUUUAACUCAGUUUGAAACUUCAAAUGCGAUAUAAUUUUGGCUUGGACCAUCUAAGCUGACUGACAUCAACUUGCUAUAAUUUCUGUUUACAUUACAUCGCAAUUCGAUGACACUCUGGCUCAGACACCAGAAUGUUUUGACGAUUUUUAGCAUUCGUUUAGGAUUUUCAAACAACCUGGUCUCUUUUAAAAUACUUUUAAUUUGUUCUUACGUGGUUUUCCAGAUGUAGUGACGACAACAUUAAAGUUUAAAGAAGAAAAUUCUAACAUUUAAACCGACUAAACAAUAACAUAGUAAACUUGCAUAAUUAAACAGCAACUAAAAAUGAUAGGUUUUACUAAAUCUUUUCCUGUGCAAUUAUUACUAGCAUUGGAGACAAGGAUAAUAGUUUGUUUGAAAGAGAAAAGAACAGGCUUUGAAGUAAGCCUAAAAGCGUUUAACUAGAAAUAGUAUUUCGAAAGUUAUUAAGCACAAAAGAUGAAUUGCGUUUAUUUUGAUACACCCUGUAUAUAUAUAUCAGUUUGUGGUAAUCUUCAACACAUAUCACAAGACUUUUAAAGUUUUUUGCUUCCUUGCGUGAGCGCUAUAAUGCAAAAUUACGCGAAAAUUAGCCGGUUAUACCAUUUUGACAGAAACGUCGCUUGCAUUCUUAACUCGCUAAUCCUAUGCAACUUUCUUAAUUAUUUUCGUGUCCAUGCAACAACAUCCUACCGUCCGCCAUAUUGUUUUAUAAUUAGAUUGAAUUAAAUGAGGUGAGAAAAAAGUAGACGUUAUUAAACUCACAAAUUAUGAAGUUUGAACAAUAUCAUCUAUAUUGUUUUUAGAUAUCUGUAUGUAACCGGCUAUAUGUUAAAAGUCCGCAAAAGAUAUAUCGAAGCUGGCUUUUCAUUAUAUUUUGGGAACUUUUUAGUACAUUUUCUCAUAAGAUUGUGACUACACCUGAUGCGUCAUAGCCAGACCUCUCAACUCUCACGCAUUCGGCGUGAGUCUCACGCAAUUCGCUUCACUCUCACGCUCUCACGCCACGUUUAGUAAAUCUCACGCAUAUAGCAGUUUCAUAGUAUUUUUUCAAUAAAUAAAUAUAAUAUUGUAUUCUUAAAUGCACAUUAUUAAUCAUUAUACGGAUCGCGAAUCGAAUAUAUAAUCGCGUGUUAUUGUUCCUGCAUAUACGGACCGACAUUUUGGCUUUUGCCCGCAAUUUGGAUACAAAAUAGUACGCAUAUGUAAAUACGGCGGACAAAAGGCCGCAGAAUCAGUCAGGCAGAAUUCUAUAUGUAAAUUAUCAAAGGCAAAUUAAAGCUCAUUAGACAUUACUGUAUGUCACAGAAAUACAGUUAUUGUAACUAAAGUGCUUUGUCUUAAAGGAAGUUAUGAAGCAAUGCCAAUGACGUAUUUCAUUAAAAAACACCAACUCUCAUAAUCUACGAAAUGCCAUUUCAGACCCCCGGACUUUUAAAAAGGUGUCAUCCACAUCCCCAAUCUCACUCUUAACUUCUCUGGAAAGUUGAGAGGUCUGCAUAGCCUCAAUCGAGCUCAGUGAAAUGAAUAUAACUGGAAAGCUACCUUCAGAUAAAGUCGCCAGAGUUCGGCCUGAAGCCAAAGCGUAAAUACACGAAAUUUAAGCUACUUAAAGUAGAAUAAGUUAAAUUAAUAUAAUAUAAUACUGCUAAACUUUUGAAAAGGCGAGACUUUAUCUUACAAUAAUUGCUGUAGGUAUACUAGUAUACAGGUAGGUGCUAAUGCAUGCAGAUUGCAGGUAUACAUCAGUUUAUUUCCGUAAAUUGUCCCAAGAGAACCAGUCACUCCUAAGGCUAGGCACACUAUCAAUAAACAAUUAUUCCAAAAAAAUAAGGAAAAGCUUAAAGUAUAAAGUCUAUAUAUACUGGAAAGUUUUACCUGAAUAAAUGCAUUCAUAUAUGUAAACAUUUGUGUGCUGUUAAAAAGCCUUUUGUAAAUUUUAAACAGACUUCACACAACACCGUUUAGAUGUUCUUGCAGGUUUUUUAUUGAUGUAAUUUAUAUUUGCCAAACGAAAAACUAAUUUUUAACAGCCUCACUAUCAGUGCGUUUUACACGCGUGCUUUAAUGUUAGUUGAAAAUUGUGAUACUUUCGUUUUCUUAUUUACAGGAUCACUGUUUUCCAUCAUAGCUUCCAUUGAAAGUCUUUGUAAUUUUCUGGCAAACACAAUCUUCAAUCCUGUAUACCAGACCUCAUUGAACUAUACUUGGCCACAUGCCAAUGGUCUCAUUUUCUUCAUA